AAUAGUGUAUAUUAUUAUAAUAAUAAAAUCUUAUAAAAUGGUACACAUAUCUGCGAACGUACAGCGUGCUGUUGCUUUGGUGGUAGGAUGUCUUUGUAUGGCUAUCGCUGGAUCUGUUUAUUGUUAUGGAGUAUACAUUGUAUCGGUCAAGAAGCAUUACAACUACACCCAGUCGGCAGUUGAGCUGUUUGGUUCUACGUCGAACUUUGGGAUAUCUUUAGGUUUCCCAGCUGGAAUGAUGUGUGAACGAUUCGGCGGACGUUGGGCAUCCCUCGCAGGACUAGUGAUAUCAUCAUUGGGCUAUAUGUUGUUAUGGAGCACCACUCUAAUGAGUCAUUUCUAUUCAACAAAGUCCGCUCUUCAAGCGGUUUACUUUUUUGUUGCAGGUUUUGGUGCUAUUUUCUUGUACAUGGCAGCCAUGACAACUAACUCCAUAAACUUUAAUCCAAAGCACAGAGGGAAAAUAAUUGGUAUUCUAGACGCUUCAUUCAGUGCGGGACCAGCAAUAAUGGCGGCUUUGUACGGGAAAGUAUUUGCUGCUGGACAUGUUCAUGAUGAAGAAAAUCAAAAUCUUGGCGGUUUUUAUCUCACGACAGCAAUUUCGUUUGCAGUUAUUGGAAUAAUGGGAGUUUCUUUCCUUAAUAGCCAUCCGUAUGAAGGAGAGAGACAGAUUGAUGAAAUCUCUUUGAGGGUAAACGAAUCGACAAUAGCGGGAACAUUCGAAGUUGUUAAUGACACCGGUCCACCAAUCAGAAAUGUAACAGGAUUAAAACUAUUCCUUAGAUUCGACUACCAUUUUAUCGCAUGGUCAUAUAUUUUCUGUGCAGGUUUGCAACUAAUGUUUCAAAACAACAUACAAACCUAUCUUAAAACAUUUGACCUUGAAGAAUAUACUACUUUAUUUGGCACGGUAAAUCCAGUUUGUGGUGUUUUGUCAAAAUUUGUCGUUGGAUUUGUCUCUGAUAUGAUAGUGACAAAGGUACCACGUGUUGCACUUCUACUUAUAUUCAACAUCGUCCAAACUAUCACUCUGACAUUGUGUAUAUUCUUCUCAGAUCAAUUCUCCAUGUUAGUUGCUACUUUAUUAGUUAUAGGUCUUGCAAAUGGUGCUGUUUGGUGCUUAACGCCAACAAUGAUCAGUGAAUUUUAUGGAGUCAAAUAUUUUGGUAGAAAUUGGGGAGCCACAAUUUUCGGAAAUGCAAUAGGAGGGUUUGUUGUGCAACUGGCUUAUGGUUGGACAUAUGACAAUAGCAUUCGAAUAAAAGGUGCAACCGAUUGUAAGGCAGGUGUCCAUUGUUUUACCUGGAGUUUUGCCAUGGCUGCAGUUCUCUCUUUUUGCGCAUGUAUAUUUAAUAUUGGACUUUUACAGUAUCAAAACGACAUAAAGAAGCGACAAUCAAAAACACAGAACGAACCAAGAACUGAACUAUAGAAAUAAACAAUCAUCAAUACUUUCAGAUUGAAAAUGAAAUAAAGUGUUGAAUGAAACGAACAAAAUGAGUUGUAUAGUUCGCAGUACUAUAUGAAGGCGAUUUCUCGCUCUUAUAUCUGUAGCAGAACUUCGUUUUUUCGUUGUAAAAUUAA